AAACGCUGGGAGCAAAUCGAAACAGAAAAUCAUCUCUUUUCAGAUUAUUCAAAGCGAUCGAUCAGUUGAAAAUCCUCUUCCGAGAUGGAAGCGACCAAUAACUCUAAUUCGGAAGCUGUUUCAAAGCCUCAACUCAUCUACCGCUGUAAAAGAUGCAGAAGAAUCGUUGCUUCAGAGGAAAGCAUUGUUCCUCACGAACGUGGAAAAGGCGAACAAUGUUUUAAAUGGAGAAAGAGAAGUGGUAAUAAUGGUGGGGAGAAGGAACCGACCCAAUGUUCCUCCAUAUUCGUGGAGCCCUUGAAGUGGAUGCAACCAGUUCAAGAAGGGUAUGUGGAAGAGAAACUUCAGUGCAACGGCUGCAAAGCUCGAUUGGGUUCGUUCAAUUGGGCUGGUAUGCAAUGCAAUUGUGGGGCUUGGGUUAAUCCUGCUUUUCAAUUGCAUAAAAACCGGUUAGAUGAGUGCUAUAUGUGAACAUACUGUUGCUUGAUAAAUUUUGAUCAGUGAAUGGAUAGUUGAUUUGAUUUUGGUUAUGACAAUUAACUUUCUGAGAAUCAAAGAAUAGAAGUUGAAAUUGGAUUUGGAGUUUUAUUGUUCCUUGUUGAUUAUUGGCAUGGGUAUGCACCAAUUCUUAUCAAGAGAAUUGCAUAGAAGUAAAACAUAGAGCAGCAAAAGGCAUAGCUAUUACGGUGUAGGCUAGGUGGAGUGUGAACUGAAAACAAUCACUGGAAUCUGGUGGCUCCCCAUGAACAAGACGGUGCAUUUUACUGACCAGCAGCAAAUGCAUCAACAGGAAAAGUCUUUGUGACACCAGCGAGGCUCUUGAAGUGAAUUUUUCCCGUGGGUGGGUCAUCCACGACAAUCUCAUUCACUGGAGGCCACAAUAUGAGUUCCUUAGCCUUAACUCCCUUGAGCUUCUUGAUCCGCUUCUUGUCAACAAAACCAGUAAUUUCAGUGUCAUAGCUGACCAGUUUGCUGAUCAUCUUAAAGUUAUGUUCAACUUUCUUCUUUUGCGCAAUCCACAUGUAGCCAGUAUUCCUUACGAAACCAACUUCAAUCACAUUUGCAAGAGGGAGAAGUCCCGAUGGAAGACCAAACUCUUCGAGAAGAGCAUUAGCCAUUUUCAUUCCCUCGUCAUGGCCUUUCUUGACAAUGCCUCCUUCCUUCUCUGCCAUUAUAAAUGGAAUUCUUGACUUUUUUUCUCUUCAAAUCUUGGUUGCAAUCGAUUGCAGUUGUGACCUCAAACAUGUACUAAGGAGAUUAUUUAUAUCGAGUGCAUGCACACUUGUGACAA